AUGGCAUUAGCUAUUAGAUGGUCUUCGAGUGAGGUUUUUGGGGCAGCGAAAUGGUUCAUAAGAAGAGAUUGUCGUGCCUUAUCAACUAUUCCUGAAAGGGCUGAAGAACAAACUGUUUUACCUAAACGUGAAAGACAGGCGACAUCUCGAGUUCGGAUUAGUGCAAGAAAUCCAAACUUGGGCUUGCGACAUGCAUACCCUGAAUUUCUGCCUGACCCCAACCCAAAAUGGAGGAACAGUCUGCGCGAGAAGUUAGAAAGAAGUGACAUGCUGAAAAGACGCAGUCAGAUUGAUAUACCUGAGUUUUAUGUUGGUUCAAUCCUAGCUGUGACCAUAGCUGAUCCCCAUGCUCAGGGCAAGACCAACAAGUUUGUUGGCAUCUGCAUUGAGCGCAAAGGAUGUGGAUUAAGAGCUGAGUUCACAUUGAGAAAUGUUGUUGAUCAUCAGGGAGUUGAGGUGAGGUAUGAUCUCUAUGACCCUACAGUGCAGAGUAUCCAAGUUCUUCGCCUUGAGAAGCGGCUGGAUGACAAACUCCUCUACUUGAGGGAUGCUCUGCCUGAGUACAGCACAUUUUCCUUCGACAUGGACCCUGAAAUCUUGCCUGAAGGCACACCAGUACCUGUCAAUCCUGUGCAGGUGAAACUAAAGCCAAGACCCUGGCUAGAAAGAUGGGAAAGACAAGAAUUGAAAGGUGUUGCCAAUAUUGAGGAGCAUUUGAAGGAGAAGGACAGAGUCAGGAGGGAGUUGAGGGCAACACCGUGGGAGAAAUAUGACUUGAUGAAGCAAUACAGAAACACUAUACCAAUUGAAGACCAGAAUAAUAUUUGGGCGGAAGUUAACCAUCAACUGAGGCAGCUGCAACUCACGCGCAAGACUACUGCAAGGAAACGCACAUUUACUACCCCCAAGUCACAGCUUGGAUAG